AUGGCGUCAAUGGAAACCCUCCCGAUUGAGGCAAUCUACAACAUUGCAGACCUCGUCGUAGAAGAGGCAUUUGACGAGAACAUCUUCGCAAAAACACAAUUGGCUCUGGCGCAAACAAACCACCAUUUCUAUGAUAUCGUCAACCCUCGGCUUCGUGCACAUGGGCAUCGUGAUAUCGUCGAGUAUCUCGCUGACAUUGGCGUGGAUCCCCAUGUGCCAGCCAGAGGAGUCUGCGACUGUUGGAGUGAUACAGAGCCUGUAAGGCCCUAUGCCCUUCAUAUGGCCAUUCGGCAUAGUGAUUUCGAAGGAGCUGAGAAGAUACUUGUCCAGAAGCUAGGAGCAUAUUGGACAUUUCAUGGAACAUCUGCUUUGGAGCAUGUUGACCCUCACGAUACAUGCCCCGAUGCAUUACGGUACGCUCUCAAGUGGAACGAGCCUGAGCUUGUAAACCGUCUGCUUGAGAGGUCUGACAUGGAUGCUUCUGUGUCUGAUUCUGAUGGCCAAACUCCUCUCUUCUGGGCAAUUCAGUAUAAACGGGUGGAUAUGGUCAAAUUACUGCUCCAGCGUCAAGAGGUCAACCCCGGUACACCUGAUAGGAACGGCUCCACCGCCUUGCAGGUGGCCGUUGGCGUGAGAAGUUUACGACUUGUCGAACUGCUCCUCCAACGCGAAGAAGUCAAUGCUCGCAGGACUGACGCAGGAAACUCCAGUGCCCUCCACAUUGCUGCCGCGCGUGGGGAACUACAGAUCGCGAGUCUCCUCUUAGAGCAAAACGGUCUUGAUGUAGCAUCCCCUGAUUCAACAGGGAGCACUCCUCUACACUGGGCUGUCAGAAGUCGCGAUAAACAAUACCAUCCGAGUUUGGUUCCGAUAUACGAUGGUGAGAACAAGAACGACGACGGUGAAGACGUCGACGAUAGGUUUACUUUUGAUGAACCACCUGGGUACAGAGAAGAAAGCCUCGACAUUAUCAAACGAUUACUAGCCAGACAAGAGGUCAACGCAGGAGGACAAGAUCAAGAUGGGCUCACCCCUUUACACCACGCUUGCUUGAUAGCAGAUUACGAAGUUGCAGAGCUCUUACUUCAACGUCAAGAUGUUGACCCCAAAGCUCGAGCUAUGAAUGGACAGACACCUCUCCAUCUCGCAGCAUCGAGUCACCAGCUAAGUGCAAAGAGGUUAAUAGAUUUGCUUCUCAAACAACUGAGUGUUGUGAUAACCGAGGUCGAUCACGAUGGUCGGACUGUCCUACACUACCUCUGUGGCGGUUAUGAUAAAGAGUACCCAGUCCUCGAUCUGAUCGAGACCGUGCUUGAAGCAGGCGUCCCGCUUGACCAGGAAUCUGCGAUGGGGUUGACGGCUUUCCAUCAAGCACUCUGCAGCGGGUAUUGGAGUGUCGCUCUGUUUCUUCUCGACCGUGGUGCAGACCCCAUGGUUUCGAAGCGUUUCAAGUACAACAACAGCCUGCUGCAUAUCAUCUUGAAGCAUUCUGACAACGACAAUGGAAAGUGCGAACUAAUCGAGAGGCUCAUCGAGAAAGGCAUUGAAGUCGAUACUUACACUGACUCGCCUGUUUUCGAUCCCCGGUUCAACGAGGACGACAAGAUCGAGAACGUCAUAGGUAUACGAUCACCAGAUAUUCUUGUCGGCACAGAUUGUACUCCGCUCUUAUUGGCAGCAAUGCGCGAGUACAGCCUCAAUAGCAUGAAGAUGCUCCUUGAUGCGGGAGCAGACCCGAAUGCGCACGUCAUCAUCAGAGAUGUAGAAUUUGAGGGCAAGACGAAUGGUAAUCGUCAGGCAUUUCUGUCGGGAGUGUUCCGCCAUAUCUGGGAUCCUUUUAGCCCAGGCGACAAUGAAAUCCUAGAACAUGCACCCCCCAUCGGAUUGUUGCUAGAAUUUGGAUCGCGGCUAGACUUUGAUGGACCAGCGGAUAGUCCACUCCAGGAGGCCUGUAAAGCAGCAGAAAAGGGACAUUUUGCUUUGUUGGGGAUUUUGCUGGGCAACUCAAAGGCAAGGAAAGUUGGCGAAAGCCAUGUUAAUCAGUUAAUGUCUGCGUACAAGGAAAUGCCGAAGUACAAUCAGAUCCACCAGAGGCUGGAAUCCUUUAAGCAAAAGGUAUCCACCGAUUAG